AAAGGCAGCUCUUUUAGCUAAUUCUCGAACACUCCUAGUUAGGUAAACCAACGCAAUUAGACUAAUGGAUUAUGCUCAGCCCAUUAAUUAGGGCAAAUGCCUCCUAAUUACAGCCUGUACUGAAGUUGUACCUUUAUUUAUUUAUUUUUUUAAUUUCCACCAUCAAAUAUGCCACUAUAAAUACUCCUCUAAACCCUCCCAAGCUCCAUCACCUCUUCAGCUCUGAUAACUCUACUGCUGUUCUAGCCUUCCUUCUUCUCCCUUGGAGUAAGCAGUAAGCCAAAAUGAAGCUUUUGCUUGCUACUUUUCUGCUUCUUUCGCUGGUUCUCAGCUCCUCUCUUCUUCAGUUCACCACGUUUGCAGCCACCCCAGCUGCACCUCCGACGCCAGCGGCCCCAAGUGACUGCGAUUUGAAAUGCGGGGCGAGGUGUGGGAAUGCAGGAUAUAAGGAUAGAUGCUUGAAAUAUUGUGGGAUCUGCUGCAAAGAAUGCAAGUGUGUUCCUUCAGGAACUUAUGGAAACAAAUCAGAAUGCCCUUGUUACAGGGACAAGAAGAACUCCAAGGGCACCUCCAAGUGCCCUUGAACUUUGUCUACUCAUAUGAAUGUGUCUUGGUUCAAUAUCUUGCUUGUUACUUAAAAGUUUCAAUGCAAGAAAUUUUCUUUUAAAAGCUGUCGAAUGAUGCAAGAGAUCAAUUUAUUUUAUAUAUUCUUUGUAAUAAAGUCACUUUUCGUUUUAAAAAUAUU